AUGGCAAUGGCAACAGAACUCUUAUUUGGAUAUCGAUAUAAAUAUCCAAGACGUCGUUAUAUUCGAUGGAAAUGGUUAUCCAUGGAUUUGUGUUUUUGGUGUUGCUCAUAUAUUUUACUUGGAAUAAUUGCGUCGGUUAUUGUUAUAUCAUUAAUUCCGCUCUAUCUUUCUGAUAGACAAAUAAGUAGAAAUACUGAUUGCAUAAUAAGCAUAACUGUAUCUUAUGGAACGAAUCUAAAAGGUGGUAGUUCAUUAACAAUUGCUAAUGUCAACGCAAUAGCUAAUACUUUAAGAAAAGCAUAUGGUUUUGAUAACUUAUCGAUCACGUCUAUUCAAUUUGUAUCAUCGUCGACUACAACAACAACAACUAACAAACGACGACGACGACAUUGGCGGCAACGACGACAAACAGAAGCAUCCGUUGACAGUUGUCAAAAAACUACCAACACAAUCGGUGAUGCUCUUUCUGUUGUAUUUACUAUUAAACAGUCAACGCCAUGUCCUACGGCAUCAUCGAGACAAAAAUUUAUCUCAGCAUGUCAAGCGAAAAUAAACGCAUCGAAUUACAUUUUAAAUCUGCAGCUAACUUUUACCAAUGGUCAAACAUCUAGUGUUGAUAUUAAUUUCUGUGUAUUCGCUACACUUAAUCAAACUGCUCAGUCCACCAGCUCAGUAGCGCAACAGCAAGAUACUAUGUCUGUGGUAACCUCUUCUAGUAGCACUGUUUCGGAACAAAUGGCAGCAGCAUCGUUUAAAAUGAUAAGCGUCACUACAACAAGCAUAACUUUGUCAAUAUUUCAGACCACCGUUCAGGCAGAAACAACACCUGUUGAUCUACAAACAACUGCCGUAGGUCUACAAACAACACCUGUAGGUCUACAAACCACUGCUGAAGAUUUACAAACAACUGCUGUAGGUCUACAAACAACACCCGUAGGUCUACAAACCACUGCUGAAGAUUUACAAACAACACCUGUGGAUUUACAAACAACUGCUGUAGGUCUACAAACAACACCUAUAGGCCUACAAACAACACCUGUAGAUUUACAAACAACUGCUGGAGAUUUACAAACCACUGUUGGAGAUCUACAAACAACUGCUGGAGAUCUACAAACAACACCUGUGGAUUUACAAACCACUGCUGGAGAUCUACAAACCACUGCUGGAGAUCUACAAACCACUGCUGGAGAUCUACAAACCACUGCUGGGGAUUUACAAACCACUGCUGGAGAUCUACAAACAACUGCUGGAGAAGUGGAUAAGACAGUUACUAUUACUUCGGAAAUGACUAUUAUAACCACGAGUAUUACUACAGCUAUCACGGCUACUGUUAUGACGUGCACAUCAACAACAUGUUCAAUUCGUGGUAAGUGUACUGAUACAUCCAGUGGUCCACUCUGCAGUUGUACAUCAAGUCUUUAUGGAAGUCUUUAUGGGUCAGGACAACGAGAAAUAUUUACUACAAGUGGUGAUUUGAUCGAUCCUCCUACUGGUACUGAUACAACAUUAGGUGCUCCUUAUAUUGAUGCUGUUAGUAUAACAGCACGUGGUUUAGUGACAUUGGUUUCAUUUUAUGCAAAUAAUGGAUGUGUCGAUAGUGGAAUUCAAUUUGGAGCUUUCUCAACAACUCUUCCUCUUUCGUCUUCAAAUACUUUUCAAUUAGUAACACAAUCAGGUGCUAUUAGUGUUGAUCGAAGUAGUUAUUCAACAACAAUGCAACGUGUAGAUAUUUCUCUUUGUCUUUCAUCUAAUAAUCCAGUUGGAUGUCAAGGAAAUGCAUUUGUUAUUGGACAAGGUCAAUAUUUUGGAUCUUAUUCCUCAAGUUGUCGAUUUGCUUAUUCUCCUGUUGGAUCAUCUGGUUAUCCAACAACAUAUUAUAAAUAUACAUAUAAUCCAUUUACAUCAAAUCCUUCAUCAGCUAUUUAUGUACAUGACUUUAAUAACGUUGUUUUACAACAAAUUACAAUUGCACAACUAACGACAGCUAAUUGCGACGAUCCUUGCCAACCAAAUCCAUGUGAUACAAAUGCCGUAUGUACAUCAGGCACAAUAUAUUCUUGUGCAUGUAAAUCAGGUUAUACUGGAAGUGGUACAAUAGGAGGUUGUACAAAACCCACCACAUCAACUAUAAUACCAUGCCCUUCAAAUACUCCAUUUGGGUAUGUAGCUACUCCUAAUGGUCAACCAGCAAGUAUAGGUGUAACUUAUAUUGAUGCAGUCGCAGUGAAUACUGGUGGAUUAGUUACACAAGUAUCGUUUUAUGCGGCACAGACAUGUAAUGAUAAUAAUAUUUAUUUUGGAACAUUUUCUUCAAGUGGUUCAAAUCAAUUUCAACUAAUUGAACAAUCCGGAGCUUUAACAUAUGAUCGUACUUCUGAUACAGAUACUUCAAUGAAACUUGUAACGAUAUUAUUAUGUACCAGUGCAUCGACUCCAUCUGGUUGUCAAGGAAACGCUUUUCCAAUAAGUAGUGGUCAAUAUUUUGGAUCAUAUUCAUCUCAAUGUAUAUGGGGUUAUGCUCCAGUAUCCUCAUCAUCUGUCUAUGCAUAUACAUAUUAUCAACAAUCAAAUGCAUUUUCAAGUGGUGCUCCAACAACAGGAGCUUACAGCAAUGGUUAUGCUAAUAUUGUUCUUCAAUAUAUUAAUAUUCAAUCGACAAUUGUCGUUCUUUCGACUGUCAUCAUGAGCCAACGACAUACAUUACAAGUUUUUGAACAAUAUCAAAAAGCUCGUUUAACAUUUGUUCAAUCUGUAGCUGAUCUUGCAACACGACCACAAAAUAUUGAAACACUUCAAAAUGCAGGUGUUAUGGCAUUACUUCGUCCAUUAUUACUUGAUGUUGUACCAAGUGUACAACAAACAGCUGCACUUGCUUUAGGUCGUUUAGCUAAUUAUUCUGAUCAUUUAGCUGAAUCUGUCGUACGUGGUGAUAUUCUUCCGCAACUUGUCUAUUCAUUGGCUGAUCAAAACAGAUUCUACAAAAAAGCUGCGGCGUUUGUUUUACGUGCUGUUGCUAAACAUUCACCCCAAUUGGCUCAAUCGGUUAUUGAUUGUGGAGCAUUAGAUGCCCUUGUGCUUUGUCUAGAAGAAUUUGAUCCAUCUGUUAAAGAAGCAGCAACAUGGGCACUUGGAUAUAUUGCACGACAUAAUGCAGAAUUAGCCCAACAUGUAGUUGAUGCUGGUGGUGUUCCAUUACUUGUUUUAUGUUUACAAGAACCCGAAAUAGCUUUAAAACGUGUUGCUGCAUCAGCAUUAUCUGAUAUAGCUAAACAUUCACCGGAAUUAGCACAAACAGUUGUUGAUGCUGGAGCUAUUGCACAUCUUGCUCAAAUGAUUCUUAAUCCUGAUGCUCAACUUAAACGACAAAUAUUUUCUGCUUUAAGUCAAAUUGCAAAACAUUCCGUUGAUUUGGCUGAAAUGGUUGUUGAAGCUGAAAUCUUUCCAGCCGCUUUUGCAUGUUUAAAUGAUACAGAUGAAUAUGUAAAGAAAAAUUGUGCUACACUUAUACGUGAAAUUGUUAAACAUACACCGGAAUUAGCACAAAUGAUUGUGAAUGCAGGUGGAGUCGCUGCUGUUGUUGAUUAUGUUUCAUCAACCCGUGGUAAUGUACGUUUACCAGGUGUUAUGAUGCUUGGUUAUACAGCUGCACAUACAGAAAGUUUAGCUAUGGCUGUUAUUGUUUCAAAAGGUAUCAAUCAAUUAUCAAUUGCACUUAAUGAAGAAACUGAAGAUCAUAUAUUAGCUGCAACAGCAUGGGCACUUGGACAAAUUGGUCGUCAUACACCUGAACAUGCUAAAGCUGUCGCUGUUGCAAAUGUUUUACCACGAUUACUUCAUUUAUAUAUGCGUACAGAUAUGUCUGAAGAUUUACAAACAAAAGCAAAAAAAGCUUUGAAAAAUAUUCUACAAAAAUGUGUUUAUUUACCAGUAUUAGAACCAUUAUUACAUGAAGCAUCACCAAAUAUUCUUAAACAUGUUGUUGCACAAUUUUCAAAAGUACUUCCACAUGAUCCUAAAGCACGAAGAUUAUUUGUUACAAGUGGUGGUCUUAAAAAGAUUCAAGAAAUUAAAGCUGAAGA